AUAGAACGAAUAGAAAACGCUAAUAUUGGCGCAUCCCGCCAUUUAAAUGUUUAAAAGGGCAUUUAAAUGUUCCAAUAUUGCUCCCCCGAGGGAUUUCUAGGCACGGCACGACACGAACCAUAUGUUUUUGACAGCUCUCACGCACACGUGCAAUGAAACGCGCGCUGCGCUCUACUGUCACUGUGGUCGCCUUGUUUACGUUUGUUUACAUUCAUUCGCGUACCGGGCGAGCAGCAAGGCGGUGUGUUAAAAUGUUUCGAACGUGGAAAGUGAUACGAUUUUGUGCAACAACAGACAUUAGCGUACGAUUUUAUCGACAAUUUAGUGUAGCGUGUAGUGCGCAGCAAAAAUGUUUUCCACCCCUAUUUGUACCGCGCGGGUUUCGUGCGGCAAACAGUGAAAUGUCGGAACAAUCACAACCCGGCCCGGUGACGAGUGCCACCGAGCCGGAGCUCGUGGAGUGUGGUGCCGAAGAUGAGCUGCUAAACAAUCGCAAAAGUAUCCCAAACUUAAAAGUAUCCGAGCUGUUGAAAGCUAUACCACGAUCGAAACUCAAACCGGAACGUAAAUCGGUUGAUGAAUUAAGGGAAAGCGCAAAACCAGCGCACAAGAAAACGGCCAUCGAGAAAGACACGCUCCAGAUGUUGCAGCAUCGUUACCAAGAUUCGCGCGAAUCGGAGGAACGGUACGACAAGGAGUUGAAGGUGCGCUACACCAUCCUACAGUCGAACGAUGAUCGGCAACGGGAUUUGAUGAUGCUGCUGGGAUCACGCAAAUACCGUGAGCGGGAAAAGCAACUCGUGCUGGAAGGUAAGCGCUUGAUAAUGGAUGGAUACGCCGCUGGAUUACGGUUGGAAGCGAUCUUGACGAGUGAUUUGAAGCUGCUGGCGGAUCUCAAAUUUAAGCGUAAGAAGCAAAACUGUCCCAUAUUUCUUGUUAAACGGCAAACCAUGAUGGAAUGGUCAUCGUUAACAACGAGCCCAGGUUUGAUAGGUAUCUUUGCUGAACCAACCAAUCUGUCCGAAGUAAUAAACCGUAAUGCAGCAGACAGCAAACGACUUCCGGUGACGGUGGUUUGCGACAACAUCCGCGAGCCGAACAAUUUGGGCAGCAUCAUACGCAGUUGUGCUGCCGUAUCCGUGCAGGAAGUAAUUCUGCUAAAAGGUUGUGCGCAUCCGUGGGAUCUCAAAUGUUUACGGGGUGGUGCUGGGGCACACUUUCGUGUACCCAUCUAUGGCCCAAUCGAAACCUACCAACUUCCGGAUCAUACGCGUGCCGGUUCAAUCUUUGUAGUUGCUGAUAACAAGAAACCAACCGAUGAACGAAACGGAUUCCAAUGGAAACAAUACGAUCAGAUCGAUUACGGAUGUGCGGAUCAUGUGGUGCUGGUAAUUGGUGGUGAAACGUAUGGCGUUAGCGAUGACAUUAGAAGCUUUAUACAGCAGUUAACUCAAACGGCAGAGGAAGGAAUGCAGGACCGAAAGUUUGUGGCCCACAUCCCACUUGCGAAUGGUAUCGAAAGCCUUAACACAGCAUCUGCAUUGAGCGUUGUUCUUUACGAAAUGAGGCGCUCUUUGUUACAAAUGGAAUAAACUACUUAAGAGAGAAGAUAAUAGUAAAAGUAAAGUGAAAUAAUAGAGAUUUAGUAGUGAAUAAAGUAAGUCAUUUACAAUAUAA